GAGGGAAACACAGCAUUGCAUCUCGCAGCCAAAAAUGGUCACGAUGAAGUUGUAGGAAUUCUGCUUGAACAGUGGGGGGAAAUAGAUGACCUCAAUGAGAAUGGGGAAACUCCAUUUUACUUGUCUGUUGAAGGAGGCCAUGAAAAAUGUGCUGAGCUCUUGCUGGAAGCAGGGAGUGACAUCAAUGUUCUAACUCAAAACAAUAGCAGUGCUUUGCAGAUUGCAAUUCAGAAUGGACAUCUAUCCUUGGUUACUUUUCUUAUUGAUAAGAAUGUUGACUUGGUUCCUAAACCUGAGCAGAAGAAUUCCCCUCUCCAUUUAGCAGUCACCAAUAAUCAUCUACCAGUAGUAAAAAGCCUCUUGGAUGCCAAUCAUGAUAUAAACUUCUUAAAUCACAGGCAGGAAACUCCUCUACAUCUGGCAGCUGAUCUUGGCAACAUGGAGCUGGUGGAAGUGCUGCUGAAGGCAGGCUGCAAUCUCAGGGCUGUGGAUAAGCAUGGAAAAACUGCACUAGCUGUGGCAUCCAGGAGCAAUCAUGCCCUCAUUGUAGAUAUGAUCAUUAAAGCAGAAAGGUAUUAUGCCAUGAAACAGGAACAUCUAGCUCAUAGUGAUGAUAGGUCAGACUUCAGCCUGUCCUUCAAACAAGAUCAUAGUACACAGACCAAGCAGAUCCGUUUCUCCCUUUGGAAUCUAGCAUAUAACCAGUUAAACCCCCAGGAAUGGAAAAAACUGGCUGUGUUCUGGAAGUUCACGGGUGAACAAAUUAGAGCUAUUGAAGAACAAUGGACAGGGAAAAAAAGUUACAAGGAACAUGGAAAUAGAAUGUUGCUCAUCUGGUUACACGGUAUGCUGCUGGCUCAUCAGAAUCCUGUCAAGCACAUAUACAAAGAUCUGGUGGAAGCAGGAUUUCAGCCUUUAGCUGAGAACAUCAGAGCUGCAAGUAGCACUGGCAUGGACUCGAGAAAAUGUGCUGUUUCAUGA